CUGUUAAAUCCUGACAGGUUUAUAUAAUAUUAAACAUAAAGUUAAAUAAUUUGAAAACUCCAAUGUCUGAAAGGGAGGUUAUUUCUUUCGUACUUGUUACUUUAGUGUUUUGCGAAAAUACAAACGGAGGUACGUUAUAUGAUAUAUUGAAGAACACGGGUCAGUACGAAGGUAACCAGCCAGGAGCCGACUAUAUUGCUUUGUUUAUAAACGGUGUACCAACAACGCCUAAGUCUGUGGUCACUGCUCAGACAUGUGGAACCAACCAGUUCAAGUGCAAAGAUAACGAGUGUAUCCCAGACCUUUGGGUUUGUGAUGGAGAAAACGAUUGUCAGGACAAUUCUGACGAAGUGUAUUGCACUGCGAGACCUUGUGAAGUCGGCUAUUUUUCAUGUGUUAAUGGCAGAUGCAUUUCGGAACACUGGGUUUGUGAUGGUGCGAAUGACUGCAAAGAUAAUUCCGAUGAAAGGAAUUGUAAUGAGUCUCAGUUGCCUGCAGCCCAUGAAAGACACGUAACAUAUCAAGUACCCGUGUCAGAUAAAUACAAAGGUGCAAAACAAACAACCAUACCUGUGACACAUACAUCAGUGCCUGUGAUAUAUAAAGCAUCCGAGACAUACGAAGUACCUGCGAAGGAAACUAACAUAUAUCCAACACAUUUAUAUAUCAAUACAAAACAAAGGUCUACGUUUAAGCCGUAUGAAUUAUCUGCGAAAAAAGCAUACGUAAAAGCAACACAAACUUCAAUAUCUGAGCCAUACGAAGUGCGUGCCACCGAUGUGUACGUAGCUGCAAAACCAAAAUCAACGACUGUGCCAUAUGGGGUACGUUUGAGAGAUUUAUACGUCAAUGAAAAACAAACACUUUACCCUGCACCAUACGCGGUACCUGUCACAGCAACAUACACAAAUUCAAAACGAAAAUCAACGAAUGAGCUGCAUAAACUACCUGUGAUAGAUGCAUACGCAAGUGCAAAACAACGGUCCUCGUCAGGGCAAUUCGACGAAACUGUGGUAGAUUCAAACGUACCUGUAACACAAGAUACCAAGUAUGUGCCAUAUGAAGAAGCUAAGACAUAUCUAUACGUAAAUUCCAAACAAAUAUCCACUUCUGCACCAUAUAACGUACCUGUGGGACAUUUCUAUGAAAAUGCAAAACAAACAAUCACAUCUGCGCCAUAUGAAGUUCCUUCAAUAGAUUCAUACAUACAUGCAAAACAAACAUCAACGCCUGCACCAUAUAUAGUACCUGUUAGAGAUUCAUACGUAAGAAAACAAAUAUUCAAAACAGAGCAAUUUAAAGACCCUGUCACAAAGCAACCAUCCGCGUCUUGGACAUAUGAAUUGUAUGCCAAUUCAAAUGAAUCAGCAGUCUCUGCACCAUAUGAAAUACCUGUUGUAAAUUCAUAUGUUAAUGCAAAACCACAAUCUUCGUCUCCAACAUAUAAGUUUCCUACAACAGAUUCAUACGUAACUCCAAAGCAAUUAUCAACGUCUGCACCGUAUGAAUUACCUGUUGUAAAUUUAUAUGUAAAUGCAAAACCACAGUCCUUGUCUCCACCAUAUAAGGUACCUACAACAGAUUCAUUCGUACCUUUAAAGCAUUCAUCAACGUCUGCACCAUAUGAAAUACCUACCAAAGAUUCAUACGUAAAUGCAAAACAAACGUCUAUGCCUUCACCGUAUAAUAUACCUGUUAGAGAUUCAUACGAAAAUGCAAAACAAACACCAACAUCUGCACCGUUUGAAGCCCCUGUGAAGGAUUCAUACGUAAGUGGAAAGCAAAGAGCAACAUCUGCAAGGUAUGGAGCUCCUGUGAAAGAAUUGUACGUACGUAGUAAGCAAACAGCAACAACUGCAAGGUAUGACGCUCCAGUGAAAGAUUCGUACGUAAGUGGAAAACAAAAAGCACCAUUUGCACCGUAUGGAGCUCCUGUGAAAGAUCCGUACGUAAGUGGAAAGGAAAAAACAUCAUCUGAUACCUAUCAAGCCCCCGUGAAUGAUCCGUACGUAAAUGAAAAAGAAAAACCACCAUCUGCACCGUAUGAAGCCCCUGCGAAAGAUUCGUACGUAAGUGGAAAGCAAACACAAUUAUCUGCACCGUAUGAAGUUCCUGUGAAAGAUUCGUACGUAAGUGGAAUGCAAAAACAAACAUCUGCACCGUAUGAAGCUCCUGUGAAAGAUCCGUACGAAAGUGAAAAACAAACAACAACAUCUGCACCGUAUGAAGUCCCUGUAAAAGAUCCGUACGUAAGUGGAAAACGAACAACAACAUCAGCACCGUAUGAAUCCACCCUGAAAGAUUCGUACGUAAGUGGGAAGCAAACAUCAACAUCUGCACCGUAUGAAGCCCCUGUGAAAGACUCGUACGUAAGUGGAAAGCAAACACUAACAUCUGCAGCGUAUGAAGCCCCUGUGAAAGAAGCGUACGUAAGUGGAAAGGAAACGCUAUCAUCUCCACCGCGUGAAGCCCCUGUAAAAGAUCCGUACGUAAGUGAAAAAGAAAAACCAACAUCUGCACCGUAUGAAGCCCCUGUGAAAGACCCGUACGUAAGUGGAAAGGAAAAACAAACAUCUGCGCUGUCUGAAGCCCCUAUGAAAGAUCCGUACAUUAGUGGAAAGGGAAAACCAACUUCUGCAUCGUAUGAAGUCCCUCUGAAGGACUCGUACGUAAGAAGAAAGGAAAAACCAACAUCUGCCCCUAAUGAAGCUCCUGUGAAGCAUUCAUCCGUAAAUGGAAAGCAGACAGCAACAUCUGCACCGUAUGAAGCUCCUGUGAAAGAUUCGCAUGUAAGUGGAAAGAAACCAGCAACAUCUGCACCGUAUGAAGCUCCUGUGAAAGAUUUAUACGUAAGUAGUAAGGAAACAGCAACAUCUGCACCGUAUGAAGCUCCUGUGAAAGAUUCGUACGUAAGUGGAAAGCCAACACCAACAUAUGCACCGUAUGAAAUCCCCGUGAAUGAUCCGUACGUAAGUGAUAAGGAAGAACCAUCAUCUGCACCGUAUGAAGCUGUUGUGAAAGAUUCGUACGUAAUUGGAAAACAAACACCAACAUCUGCACCGUAUGAAGACCCUGUGAAAGAUCCGUAUGUUAUCGGAAAGGUAACAUCAACAUCUGCACCGUAUGAAGACCCCGUGGAAGAUCCGUACCUAAGUGGAAAGGAAAAACGAACAUCUGCACCGUAUCAAGCCCCUUUGAAAGAUCCGUACGUUACUGAAAAGGAAAAAACAACUUCUGCACCAUAUAUAACCCCUCUGAAGGAUUCGUACGUAAGUGUAAAGCAAACAGCAACAUCUGUACAGUAUGAAGCCCCUGUGAACGAUUCGUACGCAAGUGGAAAGCAAACAGUAACAUCUACAAUGUAUGAAGCCCAUGCAAAAGAUCCGUACGUAAGUGGAAAACUAAUAGCAAAAAUUCACACCGUAUGAAGCCCCUGUAAAAGAUCCGUACGUAAAAGGAAAGAAAAAAAACACAUCUGCACCGUAUCAGGCCCCUGUGAAGGAUACAUACGUCAGUGGAAAGCAAACAGCAAUGCCUGCACCGUAUGAUACCCCUGUGAAAGAUUCGUACGUAAGUGGAAAGCAAACACCAACAUCUGCAUCGUAUGAAGCCCUUGUGAAAGGUCCAUACGUAAGUGGAAAGCAAACACAAACAUCUGCACCAUAUGAA